CCGUCGGCCGCGUGACACGUGUGUCUUACGCUGCGAUAUGUUUACGCGUGCGCUAAACUUACGCGACGAAAACUUUUAAAUACAAUUUUAUGACUGUUCCUAUAGUGCGAAACAAAGUGGAACUUUAAAAAAUGGACUCCGGCACAAGCAAACCUCCCUCCCCGCCGAAACCCAUAAAAAAGGAAAACGAAGAAGAAAUCAAGGAGUUCGCGGAGACAGCCAUGAAUGAACUGCUAGGCUGGUACGGUUACGAGCGUCUUGAACUGCGGCGAUGGGCCGCGUCACGGGCGCGCGGGGCCAGCCCUGAGCAGGCCAGCGAGCAUAAGAACAAAGAUGAAUGUUCCUGGUGCAACAAAAGUAUCACGGACAGCGGGGCGCUUCAACAGGCCGGGGCAGUGUUUUGUUCCGAGCUGUGCUUCAGCCAAUCACGGCGCGCCAACUUCAAGCGAGCCAAGACCUGUGACUGGUGCCGGCAUGUGCGACACACCGUGGCUUAUGUGGACUUCCAGGAUGGAGCCACGCAGUUGCAGUUCUGCUCCGACAAAUGCCUGAACCAAUACAAGAUGCACAUCUUCUGCCGAGAGACGCAGGCGCACCUCGAUCUCAACCCCCACCUGGUGAACGCCUCCUCCACCUCAAACCUGAUAACUCCUGAACUCUGGCUCAAAAACUGCAAAAGUAGAUCUGCCUCACCAGCGUCUGACCGCUCAGGAUCACCCACCGAGGUCACCAAGCCACCUGAAAAAGAAAAAGAGAACAGAACUGCUAGGAAAUCACCCUUACCUUUAAUAACAAUUGCUCCUUCAGCAAAAUUAAUGAAACCAAAAACACCUGAAGAACGCGUGCAAAAAUCACCAGAAACUAAAAAAGAAUCCAGGUUAAAGAUGAAUUUGAGGAAGCGGAGAACAUCCAAAUGCUCCGCUACAGUCACUUCACAAACGGUAAAACACACGCCAACUCCCAAACCCCAGGAUCUAAGAAUGCGGAGUCCAUCUAUGGAGGGAUCAUCGCCAGCAUCUACAGUUGGCAACAGUACGAUACACUCACCACCGCAUCCGAUAAAUCCUCAUCCUAUUGUACCUCCUCCUCAAUUCGCUAAUCCAAUGUACGGUAUGCCUCCUCCAGUAUUCAUGGAUAAUCAUGAGCAUAGACCAAAUAUGUUUCCUCCCCGGUUUGGCUUUUUACCACGACCAGGUAUCCCUAUGCAUCAAGAAAGACCUCGCAUUCCGCCUCCUCUAAACUUUCCACCACUAGGCCAAACACCUCCAGUUACAGUCCUAGUUCCUUAUCCUGUCGUACUUCCAAUACCCUUGCCUAUCCCUAUCCCGAUACCGUUCGCGUCUUUCCUUCAAGCACACUGCGCUAACAAAGUCAAAACUGAAUCAACGGACGAUGCCGAAGGCCCGUUAGAUUUCACAAUGAACAGCGACAAAAACAAGGACGAAGAAUCUAAAGAAAAUAAGAAUGAAAACACAGAAUCAGACAAGAACUCAAAUCAUAGCGAGGAUCGAAGUGAAGAAAAGCAAGAAACGGAAUCUAAUAGUGAGACUAGUAACGCAGAGCAGACUCUACCCAAAUUCAAAAUAACGCGAUUAGGAAAUAAAAUGGCGAAGAUAGUAACAAAAGCCCGGGAACCUUCAGAAGCUUCCAGGCCUCUCAGAAAACGGCGGAGACUUGUUGAAGUAGCGACGGAAGACGACCCUCUAAUCCCGAAGACGAGGAAAAUAGUGCAAGUUUAAAUUUCAUAGUAGACACAUUAUUCUCAAAUUAAUAUAAUACCAUUUUUAAAUACAUAUCACAAAUUCAUACUUAUAAGGUGUUCUGAAAAACGGAAUAUCAGUAGAUUGGCCCCCACCAAAUAUCGGAUUUACCUAUACGUUUAUGUUCCAAUGUCUUAAGUAUUCUUUGCUAGUCCAUUAGCUACAAAUAGGAAAAGACACCGACCACUCUAAGCUAAAUUGCCUAGUUGAAGACAUUUUAGGUUAUGCUCAUACCUAACUUCAUUUCGUUCUAUAGGAACAAAGCGUCCACUUCAGAACUAAGAUACCAAUAUAUAAUGAGAUACUUACGGCAUUUUGACUAAAGUAUCAAUACUAGACAAAAUGCUGUCACUCUUGGCAAUACAAGUCCAAGUGAGUUCCUAAAUGAAUUGUACGAGUUAGAGCUAAUACAAUAACACCUCUUGAUUAAUAAUUCCUGCAAUUAAAUUCAACUGUGACUGUAAUCUUAGAAUUCUUAGAUAAACAGAUCCAUUGAUAAAUUUAGUAUAAAAAAGCGUACACGCUUCGAGCAUAGGAAUCGAAGAAUACGGUCAGGAAACUUGUAUGUAGCGAUUAGCGAAAAACGAUUACGACAGAGCCAGAGCGUCUGCCUUGCGGGUUGCUUGCAGUGAAUCAGAUUAAAUAUGUUUCUGUUGUUUUUUCACCGUUUUGACUACUAGUACUUUGCUGUUGAUAUUAUAUUAGGAGUCCCUUGCCUGUAAACAGACUUCUAAAUACAUAACGUUUCCUAUUUAGAAAGCUCUUAAAAGUUUCUUAUAAAGAGUCAGAAUCAGAAGCAUGCGCGGAUACAGGGGUGGGGGGGGGGUAAUGGGGGG